UUCAAUUGGCCACGGCGACAAAAGAGGGAGCGAUAGAGGAAACUGAAAAAUCAAACUAAUUUUUUUGUUUUUGUUUUAAUCUUUUACCCAUUUUCUGCACUUUCUUCGAUUCUUAGUUUUUUUUUAUUGGGAAGUUCGGUUUGUUCAUUUCGGGUUGGAGGAGAGAGUUUUUUUUUGGUCGUAUGAAAAAGAGAGUUUUUUAUAUGAAAUUUCCGAUUUUCUGGAGAAAAAAUCGGUGGUGAAACUUUCUUGAAUCCGAUAUACUGGGCAAGAUCUGAGAUCUCUGGUGUUCCAUGCAAACCUGUUGUGCUCCGCCGUAUUUUCGCAUCUGGGACACUUAUAAACCCUAGAAUUUGACCAAGACUCGGUUUCUGAAGAUCUGAGUUUCUUGAAAGCUUGGAUUUUUUCUUUCUUUCUGGGAAAUCAAUCAAACAGAGAGAUGAAUAUCGGUGGCGUAGCGUGGAACGAGGAUGAUAAAGCGAUUGUUGCUUCAUUACUGGGGAAACGAGCUCUCGAUUAUUUGCUUUCGAAUUCGGUACCAAAUGCAAAUCUCCUGAUGACUGUAGGAAGCGACGAGAAUCUACAGAACAAGCUCUCGGAUCUCGUGGAGAGACCCAACGCUUCGAAUUUCUCAUGGAACUACGCCAUCUUCUGGCAGAUUUCGAGGUCAAAGGCCGGAGAUUUGGUACUCUGCUGGGGAGACGGAUCUUGCAGAGAGCCUAAAGAAGGAGAGAAAUCAGAGAUCGUGAGGAUUCUAAGUAUGGGAAGAGAAGAAGAAACGCAUCAGACUAUGAGGAAGAGAGUGUUGCAGAAGCUUCAUGCUUUGUUCGGUGGAUUAGAGGAAGACAACUGUGCUUUAGGACUAGAUAGAGUUACGGACACUGAGAUGUUUCUUCUUGCUUCCAUGUAUUUUUCUUUCCCUCGAGGUGAAGGCGGUCCAGGGAAGUGUUUCGACUCGGGAAAACCGGUUUGGUUACCGGAUGUGGUGAACUCGGGUUCUGAUUAUUGCGUUAGAUCGUUUCUUGCUAAAUCUGCUGGAAUCCAGACCAUUGUUUUGGUUCCUACUGAUAUUGGUGUCGUUGAGUUAGGCUCUACGAGAAGUUUGCCUGAAAGUCAGGAGUCGAUGUUGUCUAUAAGAUCCUUGUUCUCGAGUUAUUUGCCUCCUCCGGUUAGAGUUGUGACGCCUGCUGCUUUACCCGUUGUUGUAGCCGAUAAGAAUGAUGAUAACAGAACGGUUAAUUCCUCAAAGAUAUUCGGCAAGGAUCUUCAAAACUCGGGUUUUCUUCGUCAUCAUCAACAACAGCCACAGCAACAACAACAACAACAUAGACAAUUCAGAGAGAAACUUACGGUUAGAAAGAUGGAUGAUAGAGUUCCAAAGAGAUUAGAUACUUAUCCGAAUAAUGGGAACAGGUAUGUGUUCUCGAACCCGAGCACCAACAACAACAACAACAACAGCACUCUUCUGAGUCCUACAUGGGUCCAACCGGAGAUGUACACGAGGGCGAACAGUGUGAAGGAAGUUCCGAACACGGAGGAUUUCAAGUUUCUCCCUCUGCAGCAAUCGUCGCAGAGGCUUCUUCCACCUGCUCAAAUGCAGAUUGAUUUCUCUGGUGCGAGCUCAAGAGCGCCUGAGAAUAAUUCAGAUGGAGAAGGAGGAGCGGAAUGGGCAGAUGUGGUGGGUGGUGAUGAAUCUGGUAACAACAAGCCGAGAAAACGAGGAAGGAGACCUGCUAACGGGAGAGCAGAAGCUUUGAACCACGUAGAAGCAGAGAGACAACGGCGUGAGAAGCUUAACCAGAGGUUUUACGCCCUGAGGUCGGUUGUUCCCAACAUUUCCAAGAUGGACAAAGCAUCCUUGUUGGGAGACGCGGUUUCUUACAUAAACGAGCUGCAUGCCAAGCUCAAGGUCAUGGAAGCGGAGAGAGAGAGGUUAGGGUAUAGCUCAAACCCACCGAUCAGCUUGGAACCGGAGAUUAAUGUUCAAACCUCAGGUGAAGAUGUUACAGUGAGAGUAAACUGUCCGUUGGAUUCUCAUCCGGCUUCAAGAAUCUUCCAUGCGUUUGAAGAGGCUAAAGUAGAGGUGAUUAACUCGAACAUGGAAUUCUCUCAGGACACAGUGUUGCAUGCCUUUGUGAUCAGAUCUGAAGAGUUAACGAAAGAGAAGCUUAUCUCGGCCUUCUCUAGAGAGCAAUCUAGUUCAGUUCAGUCAAGAACAUCAUCAGGUAGAUAGCCUUUUGAGAGACAGAAGAAGGUGGAAGUAAGUUUGUGAUGAAGAACCGGUUUUGAAUGGUUCUUUUUUCUUCUAGGUUUCUUUUGUUUUUGUUUUUUCCGGUUGUAUACCUGUAAAAGAAUCCUCCAAACUAGGCUUUUUAGUAGUUCUAUUGACAAAUUAGACAUUCUCAUCUCAGUACAUGGA